GGUCAACAUCAAUGAAUAAAGAUAACUUAUUAAAAACACUGCAACCACGUGAUGGAUCAAGAGUGAUCCUCCGUAAAUUCGCUAAAAAUAUUUGUAUCUGUAUGCAUCUGAACGGGACAGUCUACACAGAGCGUAUUAUUAACCAGACAUUAACCGAUAACUGUGAAUGGCACCUUAGAGCAUCAAGGCAUGGGAUAGGCUUUGAGCGUGAACUAACUGAAGACGAUAUCAUCAAUGAAUUCCCGAAACACAUCCUUUCUAAUCCAUCUAACAAUGCAAAAAUCUAUGAUGGAAGAUCUCCAACAUUAAGUGUAGUUGAUGAGAAAUCGCUUAUGUUAGCUUCCGGUUGGACUCAUCAGUUAUGGGAACCUGAAGCAACGUGGCAAGUUUAUGGAUUCCAGCCAAAAGGAUUAUUAGCUGUUAUUGAAGCACAAAAAAACUCUUCAAGUUACCAGCGAUUCGUUUCAAUCGAUAAAGACGUUUCUAACCAGUCAUAUGCAAACAACACCUUAACAACAUCUCCACCAUCCUCAAGUAAUACUGUAAAAGUAGGUUCACAGCAAGUGAUAGUUUUAGAAGCGCCAGCCUAUUACUUCAAUACACUCCAUCAUAAAGCAAAACUUAAGUAUUGUAGUAUACUGAAAAGCAAACUUGCGAAACUUGUACAAACGGAAUUACUUAUGAGUUUGCAAAUUUUAACUAAAUAUAGGCAGGCUUUUCAGAGUUUCAUGCUUCUUAUCCAUAAUCAUUCAAUGACUAAUCAUGAAUAUAAUAUUAAUAACGUAUCAUCAAAUACUGUAGCUGAAUUACUAGAUCAAUGGUUAAUGCUUUUGGAUUAUAAAUGGCGCCAAACAAUUAGACAUGUCUACAAAACAGAUUCAGUGUCCAAUUACCAAGUAGAUAAUUGUUCGUUGAGUUUCAAAUCAUCAUUUGAAAUGAACACUGUUGGUAAUGAUAGUGAUGAUAAAAUACUGGUUAAAUUUUAUGAAACACAACUGAAAACAAAAAUAUAUUAUGGUCUGUUUGAAAUUGUACAAGAUAUAGUCGAGUGGACUAGUGAGCAAAAACGUCAUUGGCUACAAAGUCCAAGAGUUAUAAAACUAUUCCAAUAUUUACAUAUUAAAUGCCCAUCAUCGAAAAAGUUGAGGCAAGCCUCAUUUAUAUUAAGACAAUAUCUACCAAAUUAUUCACCAGAAGUCAUUCAUUCCAAGAAUAAUUUUCAUUUUGGUCUUAUGGGUGAUUGGAAACCGGAAACAUUUAGAAAGUUUUUAGUACACGAUGUUAAAUUAGCCAACAAAGUAAUUGAUCGGGCUGUUUAUAUGAAAUUUGAGGAAUAUUAUUUUUGGCCGAUAUUACGACGUGUGAAUACGAAAACGAUUGUGGAACACUCGAUUUUAUUUGACAAUGAUGUACGAAACGAAAUCAGACAAAUGACUCCGAAUAGUAUCUGUUAUAAGCUAUUUAUGAGGAACUGGAAAUUUUAUAAAGAAAAUUAUUCACCUAAAUCGUGCUUACACUAAUAUCACUUCCUAUAUUUACAUAUCUUAAUGACAACGUGUCAAACUACUUUAUAGUAGUAUAUAUCUUUCCACUAAAGUUACAGAUUUUCAAUGAAUUAUUUGGUUGUUCAUUAUUAUCGCAAGCAUCAUAUCCAUGGUUUUUAACCAAUUUCAUACAUUUCAGUCAAUUCCUUUUUUAUUUAGAAACGAACUGCAAUGCAUUUAGAACAAUUAUCAUUUUUUUGUAUUCAGAACCAUUACUAUACGACUGGUACUAGGAUUACUGAUAUAAUGUUGGACGAGGACGUUUACAACUGAUACUUCAUCACAUGUACACAUUCUUUUGUAUAAUAAAACAUGUAUAUAUAUACAUAUAUAUUACACACAUACAUAUUCAAAUUAUACAAAUAUCUACAUAUAAUGUUGAUAUUUGAAAUGCUCUCAUUCACAAUUAUUCAGUAAAUAGUUGGAAAGUGAUACUUUCUCGAUACUAUGUUCGUGAUUAUAUUGUGAAACCAAAAAGAAAUAGGAAUAUAAACUGAGAAAUAUUGAAUAUUGAAACUUUUUCAUCUAACUGUUGUGUUUUUGUCUUAUUUGCCUUCAUUUUUAUACUACGAUUAUUAUGCCUUGAUUAUGUUUGUUGUACACAAUUAUGCGUUAUAUACACAUAUACAAAUACACAUUCUGAGAGACACAAACGAGUAAGUAUACUUAUAUUCAAUAUGUACAC